AUGAAGCCUCCCCCUCUUCUGGCCUUCCUGGGCCUCCUGGUGGCCCUGGCCGGCGGGAACCUGGUCCAGUUCGGGGUGAUGAUUGAGAAGGUGACCGGGAAGUCCGCGCUGCAGUACAACGACUACGGCUGCUACUGCGGCAUCGGCGGCUCGCACUGGCCGGUGGACCCCACGGACUGGUGCUGCCACGCCCACGACUGCUGCUACGGGCGCCUGCAGAAGCGGGGCUGCGAGCCCAAGCUGGAGCGGUACCUCUUCUCCGCCAGCAGGACCAACAUCCUCUGCUCCGGCAGAACCACCUGCCAGCAAGAGACCUGCGAGUGUGACAGGACGGCAGCGCUCUGCUUCCGCCAGAACCUGGACACCUACGACCGCAAAUACGCCCACUACCCCAACAGGCUGUGCACAGGCCCCACCCCGCCCUGCUGA